UAGGCCCACAGUGCUGUUUGUCUGUCUGUUGAUGUCUGUGUGUCUGGUAACAGGGAUAACGCUUAGCUGGAACCUCUGGAAAUAUCACAUCCAGUCAUGGAAUACCUGGGAUUACUUUUAUUUCCAUCCAGGUCCGAGAACUGACUCCAAAAUGUCGACGUUUCCCGCUGUUUUCCAGUUUUCUCUGGGAUGUGACCGUGUGAUGGCUGCGGUCCAGUGAACUGGGAGCACGUUGACUGGUUUGCCUGCUCAAAUCCACCAGUUUGGGAGCUUGUCUUAACUGCUUUUACUGGGAUUAUCGGAACCUAUGGAGUGUACAUGAACACUCAUCGGAUAGGGAUUCCAAACGGGGAGGCGAUGUGGGGAGCAGGAAGGAGGCUCAGGGUCCAGCCCUGAGGCGGCGUCCUGUGGCUGGGAGGAGCGCGGCCCUCCCGUGGCCCUCCUGCGGCGCUCCGGGACGCUCCUACUAAGAUGUCCCUCAGCAGCGGCCCUGCAGGCGGGAAAGGUGUGGACUCCAACGCGGUGGACACGUACGACAGUGGCGAUGAGUGGGAUAUCGGUGUUGGCAAUCUGAUCAUUGACCUGGACGCCGACUUGGAGAAGGACAAACUAGAGAUGUCAAGCAGUAAGGAGGGAGGGGGCAUGGCUGCCCCUCCCAGCGCUGUGGCUGCUUUACCUGACAAUAUAAAGUUUGUUAGUCCUGUGGCCGCCACGCAGGGCAAAGAGAGCAAAUCCAAAUCCAAGCGCAGUAAAAACUCUAAGGAAAGCGCUAAGGUCCCGGUCCCGGAUGGAGCUAAGAAGGAGAUUCAGAGUCGGGCCCCAGGGGACCCGCCAUCCCAGAACCCUAACUCUACCCCGACUAAGGGAACUGACAAGUCUAGUAAACCCUCCCGUGCCCUCCCCACCAUGAAAAAGGACAAGGAUGGGGUAUCUGGGAAAACUAAGAAGGAGAAAAUGGAAGUUGUGGCCGCAGGAGUGGUUAACACUGAGAAAGAGUCCGGGUCCCCCAUCCUGCCAUUAGGGACCCCUCGCAGUGGUCCAUUCGAGGGCCAACAAAACCCCGAGUUAGCUGCAGCUGAGCAGCUUGGGAAUAUGGCACUGGACUCGGCAGGGAUCGGUCAGCCUGUCGCCAUGACAACAGAGCAGGAGGAGGUGGACAGUGGUGAAUGCAGAAAUCUGAAGAAAGUCGUCAGUGGUGAGAAGAUGGAUUCUCCCGUCUCCACCCCUGCUCCUCCUCCUCUCCACCUCAUCACUCCCGUCGCCAACAGCGACAUCUCAUCUCCCUGUGAGCAGAUCAUGGUUCGCACACGCUCAGUAGCAGUGAACACAGCAGACGCCGCACUGGCAACCGAGCCUGAGUGCCUGGGACCCUGUGAGCCAGGCACCAGCGUCAACCUGGAGGGCAUCGUGUGGCAGGAGACGGAGGACGGCAUGCUGGUUGUCAACGUCACCUGGAGGAACAAAACGUACGUGGGAACCCUGCUGGACUGCACAAGACAUGACUGGGCCCCACCGAGGUUCUGCGAGUCUCCUACCAGUGACGUGGAAAUGCGGAGCGGUCGUGGUCGGGGAAAGAGGAUGCGUCCCAGCAGUAACACUCCACUGAAUGACAACAGCAACUCCUCUGACAACAAAGGCAGCGGCAGCAGUAAGACACGUGGAGCUGCUGCGAACAGCAAAGGGCGACGAGGUAGCCAGACGGUCGGAGGUGCUGAGGACGCCAAGGCCAGCCCAUCCUCCACCAAGAGGAAGACCAAACCUGCCUCUGAUAUGGAGCCCACCUCCAGCUCUGAGGACACUAAAGCUUCAAAACGCAUGAGAACCAACUCCACUGGUGCUGCACCCCCCCUCCCUGGAGGUAAAUCUGAUUCCCUACCCCCUCCACAGCUGGACCGGACCUGCCCCUCCCCUGUACUCAUCGACUGCCCCCACCCCAACUGUAACAAGAAGUACAAGCACAUCAACGGGCUGAAAUACCACCAGGCUCGAGCCCAUAAUGACCAUGACAUCCGAUUGGACCAGGACGGAGACAGUGAAUAUGGGGAUGACCCAGCCCUCCAUCCUGAUCCCUCCUCCUGCAAUGGUGCCGCCAUCUCCCCCGCCCGCUCCACCACACCUAAAGGCCGAGGCUUUGACGCCCCCUCCCCCUCAUCAGGGAAGCUGACGUCAAAGGGGAAGAAGAAGGCCGGGGAGGCUGAGCCCGAGGUGACGGACGGUGGUGAGGAGGGAGCAUGUUUGACUGACGAGGCCAGCAACGACGGGAUGGACGACAGGAAGGCCAAGAAGAUAGUGGGUGGAGGCAAGCCUGACAAACUGACCCAGAAAGGCUUGAAGCCUGCCCGCCCUGUGGCCCCCGCUGCCCCUGGAGCCCCCUCACCCUAUGCCCUGCAGGCGUCCUCCCCUGUUCUGGGCUCAGUGGUACAAUCCGUCCCCAAGAGCCCCCAGCUGAAGAGCAUCCAACCUAAACCCCCUCCACUGGCUGACCCCGCCUCUAGCCCGGCCCUCGCUAAGGACAAAAAGAAGAAGGACAAGAAGAAGAGGGAGGGAGGGAAGGAGGGGGACAGUCCAAAGGCGAUGUGUAAGGGAGGCAGGCCGGAGGAGGGGAAGAGCCCGUACUCCGAAUCGUCAGACGCUUUGCUCAACGGUUCCACAGAAGCUCACCAGAGCCGACUGGCCAGCAUCAAGGCCGAGGCCGACAAAGUGUACAGCUUCACGGACAAUGCACCCAGCCCGUCCAUCGGUGUGGCCAGCAGGAUGGAGGCCGGACUCGCACCCCCCCUCCACCUCAACCAGAACGGAGCCGACAAUGCAUCUGUGAAAACCAGCAGCCCCGCCUACUCCGACAUCUCUGACGCGGGGGAGGAUGGAGAGGGGAAGGCAGAGGGCGUGAAGGUCAAGACAGAGCCAGACCAGGGGUCUCGUGAAGGGGCCAAGAAGGCACUGUUCCCCCCUCAGCCCACCAGUAAGGAAUCAUCAUACUACCCUAACUAUGACUCCUACUAUUCCCCCAGUUACCCCAACCCCAGCCCAGGGGCAGCACCUGCAGCGCCGCCUCAUGCAGAGGGAGCUCACGUGAAGGUGAAGAAGGAGGAGGAGCCAGAGGUGGGGGAGGAGGGCAAACUGAAGGUGGAGCCUCAGGAGGAGAAGAAGGUGGAACCAGGGCCUCAGCAGCCAUCAGUCAUCCAGCAGCGCCCCAACAUGUACACCCAGCCCCUGUACUACAACCAGUACUAUGUCCCCCCCUACUCCUAUUCACCUGACUACCAUGCCCACCUGCUGGCUUCUAACCCCACCUACCGCCAGCAGUACGAGGAGAGGCAGCGGCAAGCCGACAAGAAGGCAGAGGGCAAAGAGCGGGAGUCUGGUGGGAAAGAGGAGUGGAAGCAGAAAGCCUCGAUGCCCCCCACGCUGUCCAGAGCCCCCAGCCUCACCGACCUGGGCACCAAGGGGGGGCUGAACCCAGCCAAGCCUAAAGAGCCCCCGCUGGCUUCAGAACAGGCCAAGUCAGUCAUUAUGGCAAAGGGAGAGGACACCAAGGCCCCCACCACCCAGCCCGAGGGUCUGAAGAUGAAGCUGAGUGAAGCAGGGCAUCAUGGAAAGGAGGACGCCAAGCCGGGGGUGGAGUCAGGCAGGCCGACAGGUGUAGAGCCUGCCAUGUGGUACAGACAGGAGCCCGACUCGCGCCUGUGGCCCUACGUCUACCCCAGCAAAUACUCAGAGGCUCCCAAACCGCAGGAGGAGGACAGGUGGAAGGACGACAGGGAGCGAGAACGAGACAGGAAAGGGAAAGAGGAGAGGGCACGGCCAAAGGAGGGCCUCCAGAAAGAGGAGGUGAAGGAGGGGGCGGAGGGCAGGACUCAGGUGCCUCCAGAGGAGCACAGAGGGGGUGGGAAGGAGCUACAUCCCCCACAUGUGCAGUUUUCCUCCCCCCUGGCCCAGCACCAGGGCUACAUGCCCUACAUGCACGGGCCCUACACCUACAGCCAGGGCUAUGAGCCCAGCCACCCCGGCUACAGAGGCAUGCCCUCCGUCAUGAUGCAGAACUACCCCGGCUCAUACCUGCAGGCUGGUUACCCUUUCUCCUCGUAUGGAGGGAAGGUGACGGCAGGGGAGGAGGGGGAGAAACCCUCCAGGUCAAGUCCCACAGUGAAGCCACCCAGCGAGGCCAAAGCUCUGGACCUGCUGCAGCAGCACGCCAGCCAGUACAAGAGCAAAUCCCCGUCCAUUCAAGACAACAAGACCCCGCACGACCGGGAGAGAGAGAGGGACCGGGAAAGAGAGAGAGAGCGGGACAGAGAGGGUGACCGGCCGCGAUCCUCACCCUCCCAACGCAUCCUGCCUUCCCAUCAUCACCUGGGAUACCCGCUGCUGUCGGGACAGUAUGACCUGUCCUAUGCCUCAGGCCUCUCCUCGUCAGCCAUCGUCGCCAGUCAGCAAGCGUCUGCCCCGUCCAUGUACCCUCCCGCACGGAGGUGAGAACGGCACACCUGAUUGGCUGACCUCCACCCUGCCCGGAGUCAUGUGACUGGAUCACAUGAGGAAACAUUUCUGUUUCAGCAUCAGUUCAAUGGUGUUUGUGUACGUUUGAUUUCUCUGCCUGGACGUCCAGCCGGCCGCUCUUCCCCUCACUGGAUUAUACUGGAGGAUUGAAGGCCUGAUUCUGCUGGUCCUGCUGGUUCUAAACGGAUCCACUGGUGCUCGGGCAGACGGGCAGCAGAGGUCAGGCUCACAGAUUGAGGACAAAGUGGACCUGGUGGGUGGAGACCUUGAGGAGGUGCAGGUGGUUGGUUCUGUUGAGACGUACAAGGAGCAGCUGUUGUUGUUUAGCAGGCGGGGGACGAUCAGUGACAUUCUGCAAGAGCCAAUCCUUCAGUUCUGUGUCAUUUUACGGCACGCAGCCAUCUCACAGUUUUUAUAACCCCCCCCCCCCCCCCCCCCGUCCACAUUUCAGUGGUGUCCUCUGACCCUUUGUGUUUAUCUGCUUGAUCUCUGACCUCUCUGAGAACCAGAAUCAGCUGUGGACUCCACUGCAUGUCAUCACGUGAAAGCGUCACCUGGAAGCGUCUCAGCUUCACCAAAAAUAAAAAAACACUGUGGACGGAGGACGGACCAAUCAGAGGGCAGUGUUCGGGCCGCAGCCUCAGACUGACUGACGGGGAGUCGGCAGCCCCCCCUCCUCAGUGUGUAGCUGUACUGUACUCUGUGUGUGUGUGUGUGUGUGUGCGUGCGUGUGUGUGUGUAAAUACUGUACAGAGGAAUUAUUUUAAAGAGCCUGCUGGAUGCUGUUGGAUUUCCUACUCUUCUUUUUGUCUGGUAGCCUCUGUUUUUCUACUGUUGUUGAUCUGAUAUUAAACCUGUAGCUGGUGGAACGGA